CAAGUCAGACGAUUGGCCCGUCGUCCUCCUUUCGGUGUUCGAUCAAAUGCCAAUUGACUGGUGGCCCGACACAACGACCCGUCAAAGACCAAAAGAUAAUUAAAGACGUACCAAGCAACGGUCCUCCCCGUCCCCGAUCCCGGCUCCUACUUUGGUGCGGCUUCCACGGCUCACAACUCUCAUACAAAUCCUUUGUAAUGGCUACCGCGAUGAAGAGCCCGAGGCAGAAGAAGGGAGGCGAGAUCAGCCAACUCAAGCCAAUCUCUCUCCCCUCAUCUCUGCUGAUCUCGUCUCCUCCCUUCUCCCAUGCGUCUCCCAGCCCCGGCAAAUCUGUAGGAUACAAGUGGUGGGAACAUAUCCAGGGAGAAGCUACAAAUGGCGCCGAGCACCAUCCGCAAGGCACUAGGGGCGGUGAAGGACCAGACGAGCAUCGGGUUGGCGAAAGUGAGCAACAGCACCAUGUUGUCGGAAUUGGACGUGGCCAUCGUGAAGGCGACGCGGCACGACGAGUUCCCGGCGGAGGAGAAGCACAUCCGCGAGAUCCUGAGCCUGACGUGCUACUCCCGGGCGUACGUGGGCGCGUGCGUGUCGUCGCUGUCGCGGCGGCUGGGCAAGACCCAGAGCUGGACGGUGGCCCUCAAGACCCUCAUCCUCAUCCACCGCCUGCUCACGGAGGGCGACCCCGCCUACGAGCAGGAGAUCUUCUUCGCCACGCGCCGCGGCACGCGGAUGCUCAACAUGUCCGACUUCAGGGACAACUCCGGCGCCGACGCCUGGGACUUCUCCUCCUUCGUGAGGACCUACGCGCUCUACUUGGACGAGCGGCUGGACUACAGGAUGCACGGCCGCCGCAAGCGCCGCGGCAGCAGGAGCAACAUCAACGACGAUGAGGAGGAGGAGGCGGCUGCCGCUGCGGCGACAUCAUCCAAGGCCACGCCGGUGAGGGAGAUGACGACCGACCGUAUCUUUGCCCGGACGCGGCACCUGCAGCACAUGCUGGAGCGGUUCCUCGCUUGUCGACCUACAGGUGCAGCGAAGCACGACCGCAUCGUGGCCGUGGCUCUUUACCCCCUGGUGAAAGAGAGCUUCCAAAUCUACUACGACCUUACCGAGAUCAUGAACAUCUUCAUCGACCGCUUCAUGGACCUCGAGGUCCCCGAGUGCGUCUGCAUCCACGAAAUUUUCUCCCGCCUCGCCAAGCAGUUCGACGAGCUCGACCUCUUCUACGGCUGGUCCAAGUCCGCCGGCGUCUGCCGCUCCUCCGAGUACCCCGAGGUCGAGCGCAUCAGCCCCAAAAAGCUGGACGUCAUGGACGAGUUCAUCCGCGACAAGGCCGCCCUCGCCCACGCCAAGGAGCAGCGCAGCCUCGAGGCGGACCGCGACCCCCCCACCACGAGGACGCGCCCCGAGGACGACGAACCCGAGUACGAGAUGAACAGCAUCAAAACUUUACCCGCACCGGAGGCCGACGCGGAGGCUACGCAGCAGGAGCAAGCGGUCGCGGAGGUCAAGGUAGACAAGGAGGAGGAAAAGGAAGAAGAGGAGGUGGACUUGUUGAACCUGAAGGAAGACGCGAUGACCGGGGAAGAACACGGGAAUAUGCUGGCGCUGGCAUUGUUCGACCGGCACAUGUCAUCCGACGCAGCGCCUAAAUGCGAGGCGUUCCCGAACGGCGACUCGUCCAACUGGGAGAUGGCGUUGGUGGAAACGGCGAGCAACCUAUCGGGCCAGAAGGCCUCGCUCGGCGGUGGCUUCGACAUGAUGUUGCUCGACGGAAUGUACACCAAGGCGCAGGCCACCGCGGGGUACGGAUGCGCUAGCAGCGGGAGCGCGAGUAGCGUGGUGGUCCACGCGCCGCCAGCGAAGCCGAUGCUGGCUUUGCCUGCGCCGGCGGUUGAUGGUGCAACAUACGGCGGCGGGGGCGACCCCUUCGCGGCCUCGUUGAUGGUGCCGCCGCCGUCUUAUGUUCAGAUGUCGGACAUGGAGAAGAAGCAGCAUCUGCUGACGGAGGAGCAGCGGGUGUGGCAGCAGUAUGCGAAGGAUGGGAUGCAAGGGCAGCUUGCGUUGGCCAAGCUGCAGCAGCAGCAGUAUCAGUAUCAUCCCGGCGCUCGUAUGUACUGAGGAAAACAAGUGUCUUGAGCGUGCUUGUGACAAUGGCCUGUAUGAUUUUGUCGAUGCAUGUUGAGGUGUUGGUGUGA